UCUCAGGUCCAUGUGGAGGGAGUUGGAUUAUUCCAACAUUUCCACUCUCCCUUCUCCACCACUCACUUUUAUCUCCUGCGAAAUGCAUGAUAUUGCUGCAACUAUAUAGCUAAGCUACCAGCAUCACAGUCAGAGCACAAAGCACGGCUCCAAGCUCUGUCCUGUUCCUCGUGUUCAGCUGCCUCCUCAGCCUAGCUCUUCCUCACCCCAACAGCCAUUUCUUCAGAUCUUUUCCCAUCACCAGGAGGGGAGAGGGGCAGAGGGCUUCUACUCUGCAUUUCUUGAUUUGAUCCAAGUGCGAGAAACCUGACAGUGAAACCAUUUGACUGUGUGCAGAAGCUUUCUGAGACUCCAAAGGAGGGUUAAGGCAGGGAAUGAGUACAACCAAGGUAAAGAGACAUGUGGGGAAGUAUGAGCUUGGCCGAACCAUAGGCGAAGGCUCGUUCGCAAAGGUCAGGUUUGCAAAGGACACUGAGACCAGUGAACCGGUAGCCAUCAAGAUCCUUGAUAAGGAGAAGGUUCUCAAGCACAAGAUGGUUGAGCAGAUUAAGCGAGAAAUUUCGACGAUGAAGUUGAUUAAGCAUCCUAAUGUUGUCUGCAUAUAUGAGGUGAUGGGAAGUAAAACAAAGAUCUACAUUGUGUUGGAGUAUGCAACCGGCGGCGAGCUCUUUGACACAAUUGUUAAACAUGGUCGGAUGAGGGAAGAUGAGGCGAGGAGAUACUUCCAACAAUUAAUCAACACCGUUGAUUAUUGUCAUAGCAGGGGAGUGUACCACCGGGAUUUAAAACCAGAAAAUUUACUUCUUGAUUCAUACGGAAAUCUGAAGGUCUCUGACUUUGGGCUGAGUGCGCUAUCUCAGCAAAUCAAGGAUGAUGGAUUGCUGCACACAACGUGUGGGACUCCAAACUAUGUUGCACCAGAGGUCCUUGAAGAUCAAGGCUAUGACGGUGCAAUGGCUGAUUUGUGGUCAUGUGGAGUUAUCCUGUUUGUUCUGCUAGCAGGGUAUUUGCCUUUUGAAGACUCUAAUCUCAUGACGUUGUAUAAGAAAAUAUCAAAUGCAGAAUUUACAUUUCCACCUUGGACGUCUUUUCCUGCCAAGAGGUUGUUAACAAGAAUCCUAGAUCCAAAUCCAAUGACGAGAAUAACAGUCCCAGAAAUACUAAAAGAUGAGUGGUUCAAAAAGGGCUACAAGCGCCCGGAGUUUGAUGAAAAAUAUGACACAACAUUGGAUGAUGUGGAUGCUGUCUUCAAUGAUUCAGAAGAACACCAUGUGACAGAAAAGAAAGAAGAAGAACCAGUAGCUCUGAACGCGUUUGAACUGAUUUCCAUGUCAGCAGGCCUAAAUCUUGGAAACUUAUUUGACUCCGAGCAGGAAUUUAAAAGGGAAACAAGGUUCACAUCAAAAUGUCCACCCAAAGAAAUUGUCCGCAAGAUUGAGGAAGCUGCAAAACCUCUAGGAUUUGAUGUUCAGAAGAAAAAUUACAAGUUGAGGCUCGAAAUGGUAAAAGCAGGGAGGAAGGGAAACCUCAAGGUUGCUACCGAGAUACUGCAAGUUGCACCCUCUCUUCAUAUGGUAGAAGUCCGAAAAGCAAAAGGUGACACUCUGGAAUUUCAUAAGUUCUACAAGAACCUUUCCAAGACCUUAAAGGAUGUUGUCUGGAAAUCUGACGAUCUGCAAAUACAACAUGCGUCUUAGCAUCAAUUGGGGGGAGGAAGGAUGGCAAACUAUUUGUGUCCCAUUCUUCCAAGCAGAUACCAUUUUCAUAGUCUGGAUCAGCAAAUUUGUUCACUGCAUUCUGUAUGUAAUGGUGGGUGGGCAGGCAAAAUGCGCCUGUCCUCCACCAUCGUUGUAAAUGCUGCUGCAUUUGGAGAGAUUGCAUUGUUUGCUGUAGUUGAAGUGAAGCUCAUUCAGUAGGUUUUGUGAGUAUGUGAGUUUUGUAAAUCCAUAUGCCUAUGAGUCAUGUUGAAACACUAUGAUCAGAUCAAUCUGCGGAAUGUAGCCAAGUAUGCCCUUGCUA